AUGAAUCUAGAAACAGAUCCCAACUUCGAGAAAGAAUCACUGAGCCAAUGCUUGAACAGCAGGUUGACACUCCCAGCAGGAAAAAUUGUUCCAGAUCCUUUUAGUAUGAAAAACUUUUCAACUGAUUUUUUGAGACUUCCCCCUUUUGGUUUAAUUGAUAUUUUCAACCACCUUAUCUUAAGUAAAGCUGAAUAUGACAAAGAAAAAUUGGCAUCCUUCAGAUCAUUUGAUGAAUAUACUCUUUUCCAAGAUGGAUAUGUUAGAUCCCUGGGCACAAAAUCUGUGAAGGAUAAUGAUGGAGCCAUUUUUCAUGUUGUUUUUGGUGAAGUAAUACCCACACAGAAAGAACUUACUCAAGAGGGUAUGAAACACUAUAAACUUUGGUUUAUUCUACAACCCAAUGGGUCAAUUUAUUYUGCAUUUUGUAGAUGCAAAGGUGGCGCAGACCAGGGUUGCAGGCWUCUUGGUGCUGCACUCUUUGAACUUGAYGACUUUCUUUCAAAUAACAGAAUAUGUUCUACUUCUCUUCCUGCAUAUUGGAACCCUAAACCCACUCCAAAUCACAAACCAGUACCUUUUAACCAGAUGAAUAUUUCACAUUCAAAACCAAAAAAAGGAAAACGCAAAGUAACUCCAUGUGAUGAGUCAURGGUAGACUYCUUUGAUCCUAGACCAAAGAAGCUAAGGAAUGACACUGCCCUUUCUGCCAAACAGAAGUUUUCACAGCAGCUUUCUGAAAUUGAUCCUGAUGCAGCAAUUCUUAAAUUUCUGUCAUCUAAUCCUGCAGAAGAAAUUGAUCAAGCAUGCAGUAACCAAAAUGUGUCAACAAAUGAAAAUCCAACAGAUCAAGUUCAAAACAUAUGUUUCAAUUCUAUUUCAUCAAAAGCAGAAGCAUUUGUUGCACAAAAUAUUAUUUCAGCCACCAAUGUUCAAGAACAAGCAAAAGUGUUUUUUGAUCAAUUAUUGCUGACAGAGGGAGAAAGAGAUGCCAUAAAUGA